AUGGCUGGAGAUUUCAAUGAGAUUCUCAGCAACUCAGACAAGUCUAGUGGGGUUCCAAGGGCUGCUGCACCCAUGCUGCGUUUCAGGCAAAUGAUGACACACAGUGGUUUGUUUGAUAUGGGCUAUGUCGGAAGCCAGUUUACAUGGUCGAAUAGGCAUACCAAAGAAAGGUUGGAUCGGGGUUUCCAAACCCUUCAAUGGAGGACAUGUUUCCCGUACAGCAGAGUACUCACUCUGCCCCCAUCUGAAUCUGAUCACUCCUCGCUCUUGGUUGAAGUACAGAAAGAGUACGGCAGUAGGGGUAAACCCCCAAGGCGUUUCAGGUUCGAAGAGAUGUGGCAUGGCAAUGCACAAUGCCAAAGCAUCAUUCAGCAAGGUUGGGCUACACAACUUACUGGGAAUGCUCUACAACAGUUGGGGGAAAAAAUUAAGGUUACGGGGGAGCAACUCAUGCAAUGGCACAAGGUAGAGUUUGAGAAGCAGAAAGUAGAGAUGAGAACUGUGCAGGAGCAGCUAAAUGCUAUUAUGAGUGCACCCUACUCACCUGAACAGUAUGUGGAGCAGAGAUUGGUCCAUGUUAAGUACAGCCAGCUUUUGGCACAGCAAGAGACGUAUUGGAGACAGCGAGCUCGCACGCUAUGGCUAAAGGAUGGAGAUAGAAAUUCAGCCUACUUCCACCGUAAAGCUUCAAACCGAAGAAGCCACAAUCUCAUUAAAGGUCUUAUGAAUGAGCACGGUGUUUGGCAAGUAGAUCCGAACCAUGUUAAAGACAUUUUGUUGAAGUAUUACAAUAAUAUCUUCACAACAGAGGGCACCGCAGAAUAG